UUUUUGUGGAUGACGUGACCAAUUGCGCGUUCUAGAAAUUAUUGGUACGAAAGCAAUACCUAAUUACAGUGGCUACAUUAAUUGUGCCCCUAAUCAAUAUCGCGGUCGAUACUCUCCAAUUCCAUACACUCAUCACUCAUGCCUCGACUCAACUUUCGUGCCCUACGUAGUCUUCACUCUCGUAUGGCGGCACAACAAAUACUCGAUAUGUUUGCUGAGAUUCCAGCUGAUACAACCAUCCCAAAUAAGUACUAUGGAGCUUACCUCGCGGUUCUUUGGAAAGCAUUUGGUGAACCAUAUACAGUCCAUCCAAUGUAUGAACUCCCAGAGUGUUACAAGGAUCCCAGCCUCCUUCCAGAGGGAAAGACUGCCAAAGACUUCUUCGUCACCUACGCCAUUACACUCAAAAACAACCCUCUCCUCUUCCUCGAAAUAAAACCUCCUGGUCAUCUCAAUGACCUCUCGGCUAGGUUCGCUGCAGACAAGCAGAUGAGGGAAAGAUUUCAUAGCCUUAGACCCAUAACCACGACAUCCAGACUCCACGGUAUCAGUGUCAUGGGACAGAGGCUUGCCUUCUAUUACAUGGACAAAUCCAAUGGCUGCGUGUUCCCCAAAUCAGGAGACGUUCCGAUCGAUUGGUGGAAGACGGACAUCACGACGAGAGCUGGACAACAAGAGUUAAAUAUGGUUGCACGGGAUGUUAGAAACAUGACAGAAGCUACAACGGCUCUAUGGCGUCUGGACCAUCCUGAUUAUGAUGGCACCUAGCAUGGUGUGUUCAAGACCAUGCGAAAAUUAGCUUCACUCUGAUCCACGUUCUGAUAGUAGGCAAAGAGAUUGGAGCACAUACUGGCCUGUAUUUUAAAUCGCCGUCGAGUCUUUGAUCACAGUAGUUGCAUAUAUUAUUAU